GAAAAAUGAACAUCAUUUGACAAUACCUGUGAAGGCGCGCAAGUCGCUCGCGGGAUCACGUAAGCAAUGGCUUAAGGGGUAACACGAGAAGACGUAAUGGAAAGGCUCAGGUUGUUGGAGUGUAUUUGGCUCGGAGUCUCUGCAUUUCAAGUCGGGCUGACCACAGGCUGGGCAGCAUGGUCGAAUGCAGGCGGCGAAAGGCCUCUGUCGAGCUGGGCAUCGGUAUCGGGAAGAAAGCCGUCGCCCGCUCACGACGCCGCGCAAGGGGCCCUGCUUAAGCGGAUCGUCUGCAUGCGGGCUCUCGCCUUCGUGGUUCAAUCCCUCAACCUCCUCUUCGUGUACCGGCUAUGGGAGGGAUAUCGCGUGGGCACCGGCCGGCACCCGCUGCCCGGCCACCUGAUCGCCUUCACGGGGCUGCUGGUGCCGCUGCUUGCCAACCUGGCGCUGCAGUGGCUGGCCAUGCUGUCGCCACGGGCCUACCUGGCCGAGCGCAGCCGUGUGCACCACGUGUCGCUCUCGUUGAGGCUGCUCGGACUCAUCAUGCAGGCCACCAGCGAGUGCGCCACGGUGCGCACCAAAGCGUUCAAGCAGGAGUUCCUACUCAUGGGUCUGGGGCUCAUGGUGCAGCAGGACUCGCAGAAGGACUUCCUGGCGCACAUGGGGCUGACAGCGCUGGUGUGCCUCAGCGGCCACCUGCACAGCCCCCUGCCGCCCGAGGUGGACCUGCCCACGGAGACGCUCAAAUUCAUGGCCACGUUCGUGUGCCUGCUGGCGGUCAACAGCCUGUACCUCGCGCUGAUGGGGCCGGCGCCCAACUGGGCUGGAGCCCGGCCGCUAGGCCGCUCUGCUGACCUGCCCACGGUCUCCGAGGACGAGGCAACGUUGCCUGCCGGCGGCCUGCAGCAGCACCCCUCCCACUCUCAGCACGACGCCACGGAGUGGGACGGAGCCAUCAGCAGGUUCGGAACGGCUGCUGGAGCGGGAGCCGGCGGCUCCAGCACACUAGCGCACAUGACGAGCAGCGGCCCUGGGGGCGCCAACGCCGCCUCGGCAGCAGCCGCCUACUCCCAGGGCGCCGUUGCCAGGCCCCUGCACUCCGUGCUGACGGAUGCGGGACACACAGGCACUGGCGCCAUCACAACAGGCGGGACGGCCGGCAGCACCGCCGCCCUGGCUAGCCCUGGCACGUCAGCAGUGGGCACGCCGAUCCGCAUGUCGGUAGAUGGCGUGCACUCGCACGCCAUGGGCGCGGGGAUAGGGUUGGGCAUGGAGCAACAGGCGGCCUCAGACGGGCGGCUGGGGCGGCAUGCGGCGGCGCUGACGGCAGAUCUUGGCGGCAGCAGCUCCGGAGGCGGCGGCUUCCGGGGCGUGUGGGGCGGAAGAGGAGGAGGAGGAGGGGACGUGGUGCGCAUCCAUCAUGUCCAUCUGGUCAAGCUGUGUGUGAUCCGGGCCUUUGCUUUCGCCUACCUCGCGGCGCACGCGGCGCAGGUGGUGCGGGACUGCCGGCGGCGCGGCGAGUCGGUGUGGCGGUAUUGGGGCUCCGUGCACCUGACCACGUUGGGUGCGGCGCUGUACGGCGUGGUGCCGCUGGUGGCGCUGACCGCGCCGGUGGUAUAUGCACGAUGGGGCGACGCCAUGAACACCUUCAACUGGGCGCUGACGCUGACGGUGCGUGCCUCGGCGCUGCUGCUGGAGCCGCCGGGCAUGCACGACAUGCACGUGGAGCGGUCCUUCCUCUUCAACUGCGUCAACGCCCUGGCCGCCGACGCGCCGCAGCGGCUGCACGCGCGCUCCACGGGCGCCAUGACCGCCGCGUGGGCGCUCAUGCACGCCUACAUACUGGUCACGCGCGGGCCGCCCCAAGCGCCGGCGGCAGCGAGCAGCGAGGGAGGCGGGAGCGGGCCGGAGAAGGCUGCGUCGCUGCUGCAGCUGCUGCGGCCGCUGGUGAUCUAUCCGCUGGGGUGGCUGGGUAGUGUGCUGCUGCAUCUGGUAAGCCGGGUGCCCAGGUACCGCUUGGUGGGCGCCGGCGGCGGCACAGGCAGGGCGGCGUCGCUCGACGGCGGCGCGGCUGGCGCAGCUGCGGUUGCGGCGUGGAUGAGCGGUGCGAUGGGGGCUGGAGGCGCCGGCGCCGCAAACGGCGUGGGUGGGGUCGGCUUCACGGGCUCCCACGGCGGUCUGGCGAGCGACAGCCAUGGAGCACUGCACCGGCUCUCGGGCAUGGCGAGUGGUAGUGGUGCUGGGUUGGGCCUGGGCUCUGAGGUGGACCUGAGGCGGCAUUGGGCCAUGGUGCGAAAGCGCUACGGCACGCACGGACGGGCCGCGGCGAUGGCACGCGCCUCGGGCGCGCCGGCUGCCGGCGGCAUGGGCGGCGGGCUUGGGGGCGCCGGCGCCAGCAGCCUCGGCCUGGCGGCGGCAGGCGGGAGCAUGGCUGGCUUCACCUUCGGGAACCUGGACGACGGCUCCGUGCAUCAUGGCGGCAGCUUGUUUGGCAGCAGUCACAUGCUGGGCAGCGCUAUCUUUCCUGCCGGCUACGGUAGCGGCGCAGGGGUCGGCCACAGCGUUGGCGCAGCUGCCGCUGCCGCUGCCGCUGGGCUGCGGUCGCACUCGUUCCGUCAGCUCCGAGUGCCGCAGGCGACUGCGCCGCUCAUGGCGCAGCACGCAUCGCUGUUACCGAACUCGCCCAAAGCUCCAGCGCCGCCGGUGCCGUCGUUGCAGCCAAUGCCGCACCUGCUGCACGCGGACGGCGGCGUCCUGCCCUCCGCAUUCACACUCGCGUCCUACUCCCCGCAUCAAGCAGCAGGGUCACACCUGCCCCCAGCCAUUGCAAAAGACAGCACCAAUCAGUCACCCGCUCAGGCAGCCGGGGCAACUACCACCACGGCGGCUGUGCCGGCUGCUGCCUCUACUGCGGCCGCCGCCGCCAUUCUAGCCGCCGCCAUUCCCUCAGCAGCUCCGGAAGCCAGCGCAGCCCCAUCUGUGCCACCACCACCGGCAACUGAUUUGGCCUCUCCGACACGGGCCGCAACGACCGCCGCCUCGGUGGCGGUCGCCGCAGACGCCGUGCCUGCAUGCAUCAGCGAGGUGCCUCCUGACGGCAACAGCGCGCCGCUCCCUGUCGCCGGCGACGCCGCCAGCGGGCUCUCGCCGCUUCCACUCCUGUCCAACGCCAGCGGCGGCGGAGCACUGGCUGCCGCAGCCUUACACUCGCGCAGCAACUCACUCAGCCGCGGGGCCUCCAACUUGACCGGAUCCCCACCAGCUUCACCGAACUCGCGCACGGGGCCGACGCCCACCGCGCGCAGCCCCUUCUCGCGCACCGGCACGGGCACAUCGUCUGGACUAGAGGCAAUGGUCCGCGCGGCAGAGGGCAUCGCAACUGUAGCCGGCAUGGUGGUAUCCUCCAGCAGCGCCCCUCAGUGCUCGGCAGGGUCUGGAUCGCGGCCGUUCACUGCCCUGGGGUUGACCAGAAUUGCGGACGAGGCCGCAGGAGGGGCGGCGGAGCUUGCCUCAACAGCUGCUGCUGCUGCUGCUGCUGCAGCAGGCUCUGCGGCAUCCAUUGGCAAAGGCCCGGCUCCGCCGUCCGGGGAGGACGCGGCAGGAAGCUCCAUGACCAUAUCAGCACUAGUCGGCUCGUCAGCGAGCGAAAAGCUGGUUCAGCUGCAGUCGCAUCCCCAGGCAAUGCUGCUGCUUGUGCCGGACCCGCACCAGCAGCCGCAACCGGAGCCUGACAACGAUACGAACGAGCAGGACCCGCAGAACCCGGGGCGGCACUUCAGCCGCGGCGAGGGCACGGCUGCCUCGCUGCUGCUUCGGCCGGCCAUGCCCGAGGCAGCCGACGACAAUGACGGCGCGCGGCAGCUGGCAUCUGCGCCGUCAGGCAGCAUGAUGGGGGACGCGCGGAGCUUGGGGCUGCUAGGGUCCAUGGAUGGUGAGCUUGACGCGCUGCGGCCUCAGGGACGGCAGGACGCGGCGGUCACAACCGGCACUGUGGCGGCUGCUGCCGCCGCAGCGGCGUUUGGGGGCGGCAAAGGAGGCGAGCUGAGCUUUGGUGGAGAGUUGGAGUCGAGGCUUGCGGCACCGGAGGAGCAGGCGGACAAACCAGGGGGGAGAGACCAGCCUGCAAACGGGCUGCAGGAACAGCUCACGGACGUCCAGGCAGACAACAACGCGGUGAUAGUCUCAAUGGGGGCAGCACCAGAAGCGGCACGGCCGUCAGGCGUGUCUGGUGUGGAGCAAGCUGCUAUGGACGCUGGUGGCGACGCAGCUGCAGCCCCCAAGCUGUCCAUUGCAUGCAAGUCGGCGGUGACGCCAGCCGAGCAGGAAGAUGCUGCCGCCGUUGACCCCGCUGAAGGCGGCGUUGGCCCCGGUGUGGCUGCCACCGCGCCAGUGGGGGACGAAGCCGCUGAUGCGGCUGGGGAUUCGGCGGACGCGCGGGGCUGGCCAUGGUCGUGGCCGUGGCGGUGGCUGUCUCAGUACUUGUCGGCAUGGGUGGCGCGGAUGCGCGGCAGCCAGGGAGUGCCGCAGCCACUGCCGCCGCUUCCUGCGGAGAUGGUGUCGGGCUGGGACCCGGCGGAAGCGCAGCGGACUCUGGCGCCCUUCAUCCAGCGGUACUCCACCUUCAAGACGUCCGACAGCCGCCGCCGCCUGCUCGCGGACUCCAACUCGCCCGCCGCCGUGGCGGCGCGCGCCCGCGCUGCGGAGCGCGAGCGCGAGCGUGAGCUGCAGAUGCAACAGGGCGGCGCUGUUGGGGGUUCUAACGCCGCGGGCUGCGUCAGCAAGUUCGCGUUUCGCGAUCGCGCGGCUGCGCUGCUGCGCCUUGUGGUUGUGGUGCACAGCGCUCUGCCCAUCUACGCGCUUGUGCUUGACAUUCUUCGGCCACGGUGCAAGACGGCAUCCGACCUCUCAAGCGACACCUGCGGCUUCGUGGCGCGCAACGGCCUGAGCUGGGCGCCGUCGGGCCUCUCCACCGUCCCUGCUCUGCGCCACUCGCCGGGCCACGGCGGCGGCCUCACCGCCCUGGGCCGCGUGUUGCUGCUGCACGACUGCCUCACCGCGUUCGACCUGGUACUGGCAGCGCUGCCCUUCCUGGCGCCGCGGGCAUUCCGGUCGUGGCGGCACGUGCUGUGGCCUGUCAUGCUCAUCUUGUGCGAGGAGGUCCGCCUGUUCGUGCUUGAGGGCCUGGGCGUGUGCCUGGGCAGCCCGGGUCGCCCGCUGUACGCGCUGUUCCUGGCGGCGGCGCUGUGGCGGCUGCUGGAGCUGCCGCCCGCCGUGUUCACCUGGGCCAUGGCGCUAAGGCUGGCGACACUGGUGCACCACGCAGCCAUGCUGUACGACACGGAGUCCGCCAACGCAGCAGUGUCGUACGCGGGCCACCUGCACCCGCUCAUCCGGGUGGCGGUGCUGUCAGUGGGCGGCUACGUGGCGGCGCACAUGCUCAUGAGUCGGGCGGUCCCCGCCGCCAACAUCGCCACCGCGGCGGCGCACGCCUCGGGCCGGCAACUGCCUGCGCCCCAGCGCUGGCUGCUGCGCUGCCUGGCCACCGCGGACGGCGCCGUGGCCCUUGGGUUGGCGGCGCUGGGACUGCUGCACGCCGCCACCAGCGGUAUUGUGGAUCUGGACCGCUGGCGUGGCGGCGAGGUGGCGCUGGUGACGGACCUGGUCGGGGUGCUGCAGGACGCGGUGGUGAGCACCAGCCAGGGCUACUUCCGGCACGGCGAGCCGCUGCCGCCCGCCGUCAGCUACAGCCUGGUGGGCGGCCUGAGCGCGGCGGUGCUGGUGGCCAUACUGCGCGCCGUACACCUGGUCAGCCACGAGAGCCAGGGCCGCGACGCCGAGUGGUACCGGCAGCACGGCGCCGCGCUUGCGGUGCUGCAUGACGUGGCGGCGCGUGAGACGGACGUGGACGAGCUGCUGGGCACCCUGGAGGCGGAGACACGCGACAUGUACAGCCGCUGCUCGGUGUACCUGGCGGUGCUGCCUCAGUAUGCCCGUCUCAUGGGCAGCAGCGCAUUCGCCUGGUGUGCGCCGCCGCCCCAGUACAUGGCGGCAGCUGGCGAGGAGGGCGCUGGCGGCUGGUGGUGCGACCCCGCAGCGGCCGGCGGCGGCCUGAUGCCGGCCACGCUGCUUGUGCCCAUCCACGAGCAGGGCUGCCUGCGCUCGCUGGUCGCCUGCAGCGGUGGCGCGGCGGGCGCGUGGCAGUGCGCCACUGCGGUGGUGGCGGCGCUGAGCCGGCCGCAGGAGCUGGUAGUGGCCACGGACGUGGGGCCCGCCGUGGGGCGAUGGGCCGGCUGCCCCCCUCUGGAUUGGCUGCUCGCCGCCACCUCCGCCUCCAACGUGGCGGUGGUGCCUGUGGCCGGCCUCGGCAGCGCCGGCACCUCCACCGGCCUCGGCGGCGGCAGCAACGGCACCGCCAACAGCAGUGGCUCGCUUGUGGGAGCACUGUUGGUGCUGAGCCCGGUGCACGGGGAGUUGGACUGUGGGCUGCUGUCGCUGAGUGCGGACGUGGCGCAUGCGCUGGGAGGCGCGCUGCACCUGCGGCACAUGCUGGCAGAGUACCGGGCGGGAGAGGAGAUCUUGUAUGACGUGCUGCCCUCCAAUGUGGCAGACGCGCUCAUGUCCAAGAAGAUGGCGCCGCGCCUCAAUCGCGUGUCAUACCCCAACACGCCAAGCGCUGCUGGCGCUGCCGCUUCUGCCGCCAGCGGCAACAGCAUGCUGGUCUCCGGCUUCGGUGCUGCGCCCGCCGCAGCCUACGCCAACGUCUCUGGCUCCGGCGCGCUGCCGUCCAGCCUUGCGGGCGGUGGUGGUGCUGGCGGUGGCGGUGGCGGGCACGGCAGCGGCGUGGGUGGUUCCUUCCGCGGCCUCGCUUUGGCCGGCUCGGCUGAGGUCGGCGGCAGCGGCACUGGGCAGAGCCAUACCGCUUCGGCGCUGAUGACAGGAGGCGUGGGCGGUGUGGCAAACGGGCACGGCGCACACAACCGUACACAGCUUGGCGACGCCGCGCUUUCCCUGCAGACGCCAGAGUCUCCUGGCGGCGGCGGCGGCGGCGGUGGCGGCGGCAAUCUGGACCGUGUCCCGGAGGGCGACGGCGGUGCAUCUGGUGGAGAGGCCGGGGAGGCUCGGGGGCUCUCAGCGACCGGACGCAUGGACGCUCGUGUCUCGGCCUUUGCGGCGCAGUCAUCUGCUGUGGCAAUGCCUGGCGCGUCUGCUAGCGCCCUAGCGCGGGUUGUGGCAACCAGUGCGGGCAUGGGCAACAGCCUUGGCAGUGGUGAUGGCGGCGGCACUGGCUCGCCCAUUGGCAACGCGGGUGCCUAUCUUGGCGCCAUCGGCAGCACCGGCGACAUUGUCUACAAGCAGUGGCACGGCGGCGUGUCGGUGCUGUUCGCGGACAUCGUGGGCUGGACAAGCCUGGCGCAGGAGGUGGAGGCGGAGGAGGUGAUGCUGCUGCUGCACGAGCUCUUCUGCAAGUAUGACGCCAUCGCUGACGAGAUGGGCGUCUACAAAGUCGAAACCAUCGGCGAUUGCUACAUGGCCGCAACGGGACUGCUGGUGGAAGACCCAGCGCAUGCGGCGCAGCUGGUGGCGUUUGGGAAGGCCAUCAUCCACGCGGCCGCCACUGUGUACAACCCCAGGACCGGCGGGGGCGUGCAGAUCCGAGUGGGAGUGCACAGCGGCCGCGUGAUGAGCGGCAUUGUGGGCCGGCACCGGGCGCGAUACUGUCUUUUCGGCGACACAGUCAACACUGCCAGCCGGAUGGAGUCCACGGGCAUACCUGGCCGCAUCCAGGUGUCGGAGGUCACCUAUGGCCUCAUGGCCGCGUGCCCGCUGCCUGGGGCCGCCACCGUGGAAGAGUUCGAGGCUCGCGGCGAGAUCCCGGUCAAGGGCAAAGGCCUGAUGCGGACGUUCCUGUCAGGGGCGGUGCUGCCCGAGUCGCUUCUGCCGCCAAUGCCCAGCCAGGUGCCGCUGCCGCAGGUCUCGGGGCUUUAGGGGUUUACCACGCUGCUGCUGCGACUGGAGCCGUGUAUCGCAGGGCGGCCGCGUGCGUGCCAUCAACAUUGUGAGCUUGUCGUGCAAUGCAAGGCGCCCGGCACCUGUCUUGGACGUGGAGCGGAACACAACUGCAUAGCGCAUAUGCACAGCAGCUACCGGCUGGUGCACUGGCAAUCGUUCUGCAUGCUAGCCCUCACAAGUAAAGGUCAAGAAUGGUGCACUUCACCCCUAGUAUUAAACUACCGAGGACACUGUAGCCACCCCUGCGACCUGGCUACUUGAAUGUGAACUUCCGACAGCUGUAUUACGCAGCGUACCGCAACAUGUGCGCGCAUUUGUUUCUUAUAUUGUCCGUCAACUUUCGGCGUGGAGUGGGAUGGGCAGUGAGCAAUGCGCCCGGCGCCGACAUUGUACAUUGCCGAAAAUGGGACUCCAGUGUGAUCUGAUCUUCGCGUGCUGCUCAAGUGCUAAGGCCGUGGUGUGUGUGGCCCUGAGGGCAACCGAGUACGGGAUGUCUACGGAACGUGGGCCUUUAGGUGUGGGCGAGCUUUCUUCUGGAAACUUUGACUGUUCAUUUUUAAUCCAAAAGGGGGGCGUAUUGCAACUGGCGAAACCUUCCGCAGAGAAGAUUCCUGAAGAUUGCAGUUUGAAGAUACUGUGUUGAGCACUGCUGCAGCCCUGUGCCCAAUCCUUGUGAAACAAGAGACGCUUUUGCAUGGUUGUAAUAGGAUGAAGGUCCUGUACAUGAUACCCUGCAUGCAUGCUUUGCUGGCGAGUGGCGACAAGGGCGGUGAUCUACACAAACGGUGGGCUGGGUCCAAACCAUAUCAUUGUAAGAGGCCCAAGGU